UGUUCCGAAUGUUAAUCUUGGGAGUCGUUCUUGAACACAAGCGUUUAUAUACACACGUCUCAUUUUAUAAUCCAAUUUCUCAAUUAAAAUAGCACAAGCGAUCGUACAAAUCGAAGCACAUUCCAUAAAAUAAAAUUAAAAAAAUGGCAACAACAAUAACAACCAAUCCAAUUUCACUCACAAUCUUACCCUCCAUUAAUCCUCUUUUUACCUUCUUCUCUUUCUCUCCAAUCCUCUCUUCUUUUCGCCGCCGUAAACCUCCUUCUUUCACCAUCUCCGCCGCCUCCUCCCGCCGGAAGCCGCCGUCAAAACCACCGGACUCCAAAAUGUCAGUAUCAGUUCAGAUUCCGUCCGCUUCGGUCCGGCGAGAUUCAGAGACUGAACCCUUGAUAGAUUCUAGAAAUCGAAAGGGGGAUCAGCCGACAACUACUAUUAAAGAAGAUUCUGUCUUGUCCAAUAAAACUGUGCCUCACAAGAACAAAUAUUCUUUAAGUUCAGUCAGUUGCUUCGGAGUGGAUCUAACCCCAGAUAACUUUGCUGUUGCUAUGGUAUAUUUUGUUCAAGGUGUCCUGGGCCUUGCUAGGCUUGCUGUUAGCUUUUACUUGAAAGAUGACCUACACCUAGAUCCUGCAGAGACAGCUGUCAUAUCUGGUUUCUCAUCUUUGCCAUGGCUCGUAAAACCAUUGUAUGGUUUCAUCAGUGAUUCCUUUCCACUCUUUGGAUACCGGAGGAGAUCAUACUUGGUACUCUCUGGGCUUCUUGGAGCAUUCUCAUGGUUUUUGAUGGCCACCUUCGUUGAUAGCAAGUAUAGUGCUGCCUUCUCCAUACUUAUUGGUUCUCUUUCUGUGGCUUUCUCAGAUGUUGUUGUAGAUUCCAUGGUUGUUGAGAGGGCACGCGGUGAGUCUCAAAGCAUGUCAGGAUCUCUUCAGUCAUUGUGCUGGGGUUCUUCUGCAUUUGGGGGAAUUGUGAGUGCCUACUUUAGUGGCUCCCUCGUGGAUGCUUAUGGUGUGAGGUUUGUUUUUGGCGCAACAUCAUUACUUCCGCUCAUAACAUCUGCGGUAUCUGUACUUGUGAAAGAACAGCCUGUACGAAGCCCAGCAAGGGGAGUUUCUUUAGGCAAUGGCUUCAUAGAGAGCUCAAAAAACAAUUUUACCCAGUUAUGGGGAGCUGUUAAGCAGCCUAGCGUUUUACUUCCCACCCUAUUUAUUUUCUUAUGGCAGGCAACGCCACAGUCAGAUUCAGCUAUGUUUUACUUCACGACAAAUAAACUUGGUUUCACUCCAGAAUUCCUUGGCCGUGUUAAGCUUGUCACUUCAGUUGCAUCACUUAUUGGUGUGGGGCUUUAUAAUGGGUUUUUAAAGAAAGUUCCUCUGCGGAAGAUAUUCCUCGUAAUGACUCUCGUUGGUACAGCUCUUGGGAUGACUCAGGUUCUUCUUGUGAGUGGAUUGAACCGGCAGCUUGGCAUUAGUGAUGAGUGGUUUGCUAUUGGGGAUUCCUUGAUUAUAACUGUUCUGGGUCAGGCCAAAAGCACUCUGAGGCGCAGUCUUACUUGGUUGAAAAUCUGCGAAGUAUAACUGAAGAGUACAAUCAAAUAAAAAUGCAGUGAAGGGACGCAAAACAAUUGAAGGAUAUAAUGGCUUACUCGCAACAAACAAGAAACUCACUGAACCUACCGACAGAUGUAUUUGGCUAGUGAGAAACAAGAACUUGAGUGUUUUUGUUUUUGAGAAAGAGAACUUGAGAGUUUCUUUCUUUUGUUGAAACAAUCGAACUGGACAUCAUGAAAUUGAUUCAGGGGUGAAUGUAGCUUUCAGUAGCAGCUUCUUCUGAACCUAGUACUUCCCAUCUGGAGUAUAAGUUCAUGUGUAAAAAUCUACUAAUAUGAACCCAUAACUUUAAUAAAAUAUAACAGGUUGUCCUCCACUACUACUACUACACCAUCUGCUUUGUAUUAGUCGACGUAUGGAAUGCGCCAAGACAUGACUUUGUAUGCCAUGACACUGAGAGAAAAAUACAGGAGAAUUCCUCUUUUCGGAAAACCUAGUAGCUCAGGAUCUCUAAGUUUCAUGUUUGUGCCUUUGAUCACAUACUUUGUCCGCUUGAAGGCUUAUGCUCAAUCCUCUUUAUUUGGAUAUCGGGAUUUUGUUCGCUCACGGCUCGUUCCUAAUGGAACUGGGGAAAGAGAAAGAAAUGGAGUGAAGAGCUUCACUGUCUGAUUUCAGAACCUCGACUUCCUACAAUGCUAUUCGGAUUUGCGAUAAGGGCUGCGCUCUUUACGCCUUUGGAUUCAACUGUUGAAUAAAAAGUCUAAAUGAGAAAGAUAGGCUUGAAAAGCUCUUGGGUGAAGUUUAAAGAAGAAUGGUUGUCUCUAGCUACUCUCAGUUUCAUUUGCUUUGUAGUUGAUCCCGUCUUCCGUACUGGAUUCAUAGGCUUAGAUAAGGCUUUCACUGCCUUCGCUAGAAGGAGUUCCGUCGGUUCAGUUUGCUUAGAGGCAGAAGCCUUAGAAGAGGCCUAGAAGUCGUAAGGAAUAGGCACUGUACCGGCCUCUAAGGUUUGGCUUUUCUUUUAUUGACUUUCUUGAGUCAAUGUCGCAUUUUGUGUGCUUGGUUAGAUCUCCUAACUUAAUGUAAUGAAAGAGAAGAUGUAAAAUUCAGUCUUAGCUAAGCGGGUAAGAGAAAAAAUCUCUCUUUCCCUCUUAUUCUACAAUAUUAUUGUUUAUUCUGUUAGGUGAUCACUUUGCAUUUUAUAUAGCUAUGAAAGCUUUUUUUUUCUUUCCCUUAGCAAAUCAAGUUUCCUUAAGCAUGUUCUUUUAAAGCGGUGAGGCUUUAUCUUGCCUUUUCUCUUUUUUUCUAGUGGAAUUGUAGGCGGCAUUUAGGGUCUAGCCUUGGACUCAUUGAAGAAAGCACUUG